UGAAAUUUUGACGUUUACUGUAGACAUCACGUUGCAUAGGCUUUUUGGUUAGGUUAACAACUAAAAAUAUCAGUUACGAAAGUUUAAUUUGUUCAGAAAUUACCCAAUAAUUUGUAAAAAUGUCUAAAAAACGUGGAAACAAAAAGAAGCAAGAUUUUGAAGAUGAUUUCGAAGAUGCAAGCAAGAGUAUAAAAAACGAAAAACAGAAUUCAGUUUCUAAAGCAGCUGGUAAGAAAAAAGGCAAAGGAACUGGGGACUGGAGUGACGAGGAUAAUGAAAAAACGGUUAAUAAUCAAGUAAUGGUUCAAGAGAAUGAUACCAAAAAGAAAAAUCAAAAGAAAGGGAAGAACAAAAAAGCUGAUGAUCGGUCAGACAAUGAAAGUGAUAAGGACAUGAAGAAAACAGAGGAGGAAGUAGUAAAAUCUGUAUCCAAAAAGGAUAAAAAGAAAAAAGGCAAGAAAAAAGACCUCUCUGAUGAUGAAGAUGAUAAAGAUUUAGAUCUCAAAGUUCCUGAUGAAGAAUUCACAAAACUAAUUGUUAAAAAAGCUAAAAAGAAAAAGGAUAAGAAAAAGGGGUUCUCUGAUUCUGAAAAUGAAGGAGAAGAUGUAGACCUAGCAAAAGAAAAGGUGGAAGAGAUUAAACCUAUAGGUAAAAAGAGUAAAAAGAAGAAAGAUAAAAAAAAGGUCUUUUCUGACUCUGAAGAUGAAAAAGAAUUAGAUUUGAAUGAAGAUAUUGAAGAAGAAGUUAAACCUGCAGCAAAGAAGAGUAAAAAGAAAAAAGACAAGAAAAAGGACUUUUCUGAGUCUGAAAAUGAUGAAGACAACUUGGAAAUUGAUAAAGUUGACAUAGAAGAGAAUAAACCAAUUAGUGAAAAUGAAAAUGAAGUCCUUUUGAAAGAAGAAUAUAAUGAAGAAAUCAAAGCUGUCCAAAAUAAGAAUAAAGAAGAACUUAAAGAAAGUAAUCAGGAAAAUAAUGAUGAAAAAGAUAGCAGUAAAUCUCCUGAACCAGUGGAAAUUGUAGAGAAGACACAAGAGCUCGAGAUUGAACAGAAACACUCAAAGUCAAAGAAAAAGGAUAAGAAAAAGGAAGUCAAAGAGGAAAUAAAUCAAGAAGAAAAUGGCAAAAACUUUAAAGAAGAAAAUGAGGAAGAAAAUUCACUAAAUGAAAAUAUUGCAUCUUUAAACUUGGAUUCAACAUCUGAAAAGAAAUUGACUCACAAGGAAAAGAAGAAAUUAAAGAAGCAGCAAGAAUAUGAAAAGCAAAUGGAAACAAUGUUGAAGAAAGGGGGACAGGGACAUUCUGAAUUGGACUCCAACUUUACUGUUUCGCAAGCUCAAAAAUCUGCAGGACAAAUGGCAGCUUUAGAAAAUGCAGUUGACAUAAAAAUUGAAAAUUUCAGUAUAUCAGCAAAGGGCAAUGACUUAUUUGUUAAUGCAAGUCUUAUUAUAGCCAAUGGUAGACACUAUGGUCUUGUGGGACCAAAUGGUCAUGGUAAAACAACCUUGUUACGUCACAUAGCUCAAAGAGCCUUUGCAAUUCCACCAAACAUCGACAUUCUUUACUGUGAACAAGAAGUAGUUGCUGACGAUUUUACAGCUGUCGAAUCUGUUUUAAAAGCGGACGUAAAACGUACAGAACUUCUUGCAGAAUGUAAAAAACUGGAAGAAGCUUUCCAAGGGGGCACAAUGGAAGCACAAACAAAGCUUAACGAAGUUUACGCGGAACUGAAGGCGAUUGGGGCUGAUUCUGCAGAACCAAGAGCAAGAAGGAUCUUGGCUGGUUUAGGAUUCACGAAAGAAAUGCAGGACAGACCUACCAAAAAUUUCUCAGGUGGUUGGAGAAUGAGGGUGUCUUUAGCAAGGGCUUUAUUUAUUGAACCAACUCUGUUACUUCUUGACGAGCCUACGAAUCAUUUAGACUUAAAUGCUGUAAUUUGGCUUGACAAUUAUUUACAAAAUUGGAAGAAAACGUUGCUUAUAGUGUCUCACGACCAGUCGUUUUUAGAUAACGUUUGUAAUGAAAUAAUUCAUUUGGACAAUCAGAAACUUUAUUAUUAUAAGGGAAAUUACUCGAUGUUUAAGAAAAUGUUUGUUCAAAAACGAAAGGAAAUGAUUAAGGAAUAUGAGAAGCAGGAGAAAAGAAUAAAAGAGCUAAAGGCUCACGGAUCUUCUAAGAAGCAGGCUGAGAAAAAGCAAAAAGAAGCAUUGACAAGAAAGCAAGAAAAGAACAGAACCAAGAUGCAAAAGCAAGAAGAAGAAACUAAUGCAACUGAAUUACUGCAAAAACCUAAAGAUUAUAUUGUAAAAUUCUCGUUCCCUGACCCUCCUCCACUGCAGCCCCCUAUUUUAGGAAUGCACAAUGUAACGUUUGCAUAUCCAGGUCAAAAACCACUUUUUGUAAAUACAGAUUUUGGCAUAGACUUGAACAGUCGCGUAGCAAUAGUGGGGCCCAAUGGGGUGGGAAAAUCGACAUUUUUGAAAAUUCUAGUAGGGGAUAUUACGCCUCCACAGGGAGAAGUGAGGAAAAACCAUCGUUUGAGGGUGGGGCGAUUUGACCAGCAUUCAGGGGAACAUUUAACAGCAGAAGAAACGCCCUCGGAAUAUUUAAUGAGAUUAUUCGAUUUACCCUAUGAAAAAGCGAGAAAGCAAUUGGGUACUUUCGGACUUGCAAGUCACGCUCAUACUAUAAAAAUGAAAGAUCUCUCUGGGGGUCAAAAAGCUCGAGUUGCUAUGGCAGAACUUUGCUUGAACGCCCCUGAUGUUCUUAUAUUGGACGAACCCACAAACAAUUUAGAUAUUGAAUCGAUCGAUGCCUUAGCGGACGCCAUAAACGAAUAUAAAGGGGGCGUAAUUAUUGUGUCUCACGACGAACGACUUAUUAGGGAAACAAAUUGUACGUUAUUUAUAAUCGAAGAUCAAACUAUUAACGAAUUAGAUGGCGAUUUCGACGAUUACAGAAAAGAAUUAUUAGAAAGUUUAGGGGAAGUUGUUAACAAUCCGAGUAUAGCUGCCAACGCUGCCAUAGCUCAAUAGAAACGAUUUUUAAAUGAAAUAUCAAUUCGAUCAAGUAACAUAUUGAAUAUGUAAUUUUUUUUAUUAAAAAAAUAAAUUUGUGAAG